CAUAAUAGAACUGAAAAUGAAGGAAAUUCAUCUUUAACCGGAAAGCUCAGCUUUGAAUUUAUUUCGUGUCCUUUUAUUUUCCAUUAAAGAAAUUUUUUAAAAAAAUUGCUUGAUGAUGUUAUCGAAAAGUUAUUUCAUAGUAUUCCUUUUUUCAGUCGUAGUUAUUCCAAAUGUAGUGUUAAGUAAAGGCCAAGUAAAAACCUUAGGUGAAGAAACAUGGCAUGAAAUGCUAACUGGAGAAUGGAUGGUAGAAUUCUUUGCACCUUGGUGUCCUGCUUGUCAACAGUUACAGCCUAUAUGGGAAGAAUUUGGUCAGUGGAGUGAUGAUUUAAGUAUAAAAGUUGCAAAUGUUGAUGUCACCCAAAAUCCAGGUCUAAGUGGACGCUUCAUGAUCACAGCUUUACCAACGAUUUUUCAUGUGAAAGAUGGUGUCUUUAGACAGUACAGAGGAUCUCGUGAUAGAGACUCUUUCAUUAGUUUCAUUGAAGAUAAAAAAUGGACUAAAAUUGAGCCAGUGUCCAGUUGGAAAUCUCCUCAGUCUUUUCAGAUGUCAACAGUAGCAUAUUUUUUCAAGCUCUCGAUGCUAUUGCGAAGCAUCCAUAACACAAUUGUUGAGGAUUAUGGAAUACCAUAUUGGGGUUCCUAUAUUAUAUUUGGUUUGGUAACCAUUUUGGUAGGAGCACUUCUGGGAUUGAUUGUUGUUUGUGUCAUUGAUUUCUUUUGCCCAACCAAAGCAACUGGGUAUGUACCUUUGCCAAGGAAUUCAAGUAGAGAUUAUAAGCCUAAAGAAAAGGAAAGUGAUGGAGAAUAUGAAGGGGAAGAUGUAAUUAAAGAUGAUACUUCAGAAGAUGCAGAACUGCGAAGGAGAGAAGUAGGGCAUCCUGAAAGUGCACAAGAUUAGUGAUAAAAAUGUGACUUACUGUGUUCCAUCCUGUGAUUCUGAGUUGUGAAAAUAUGCAUAAAAUUGUAGCAAUAUUUUUAUAACAGCAGCAAAUAAAAAGAUGAUUCAAAAUCUGCAUCAUUAAAAGUCUGUUUAAAUUUAUUUGUAAUGCUGAAUUUGUAAAAGAAAUUUACUUCAAAUCAGAAUCAACCUGUGUAAUAAUACAAAUAGAUGAAAUGUUUUCUUGUUUACUAAAUGAAAAGAACUAAAAUACUAAAUUAAAUACAUCUGAAGUAUUUGAAAUAUUUCAGUAAACUCUGUUUGUUGGCUGGCUUUGUGUGUUUUGAAAAAUAAGAAUAAUAAUAGCUGAAGAAUCAUGUACAGGCAUGGAAGUUUUCCUUAAUUUGGAAGUAAUUCUCUUUUGUUAAGUACUUUGGGUAUUUUUGAAAUAAUUCUAAAAACAAUGUCAUGUGAAGGGAAAUUAACUAUACCUAUGCAUUGUCUUUUUUCAGUCUAUGUGUUUCGCCUGUGUCUUGCAUAAUUUAUUAAAAGGAUCAUAAAAUACAUCAGUGAGAUGUGUGACUGCCUGGAUAUUUCAUUAAAUUUCUUCUAAUAAGUUUCAAAAAAAUAACAUUCAAUAUAUAUACAGUUUUUCUCUUUAAAAUUUGUUUCUUUAAUAAAUUCAAGCAUUUCUGAGUUAAAGCCCUUAUUCAUGUCAUUUUUAUAUUAUACAAACUUAGUGUGGAAAUUUUGAAAUUUGGGUAAGUUAUUCAUUUUCGUCAGUAACUAUCUGUAAUUCAUUUAUAUUUCUUGAUUGCCUUUAAUAUAUAUAACUGUAGUUUUAAAUUUUGAGAUUUAAUUGAGUUUAUUUUGAAAACUGAAAGCCAGUUUUACCUUGGUUACUCAAUUUCACUAUUUUUAAGAAGUUUGUUGUCAUUUAAUAACUCAGCCUGCAAAUCAAAAUGUAUUAAUAAUUAAUGAAUUUUCAGAAUUUCUAAUUGUUUUCAUCAGCAUAUGUAAUUUUUUGUUCGUGGGAACAUUUAUUUCACUUCAGAUAUUUGGACACCUUGGCAUCAUUUGUCAUGGCAGCUGUGAAACUUAUAGAAUAGUUUCCUUAUAUGCAAAGAAAUGCAAUUUUUAAAACUGUAUAAAAAAGACAGCCUUUUAAAUUGACUCUCAUGCCUGGAAAUAAUUUCUUUAAUGAAAUUUAAGGUAAUGGUGUGCAAGCGUGAGUGCAUUUGUUAAGUGAAGUUUUAAAGUACAUUUCAGAUAGCUUGCUCGUCUAAAAAUAAUUUAUAAGAAUAUAUGCUUGUGUUAUUGGUCCUAAAAUGUGCUUAUUGCUUUUACACUCACAGCCUCCAUUUGUUGCAGAAAUUAAGAUCAAAUGAGAACUUAAUCAAAAAAAAAUGGAAUUGAGGUUCUUUCAACUAAGUGCAUUACUUGUAUUUCUGGUAAUUUUUCUAAAAAGGAAAUAAAUUGUUAACUAUAUUUCAUUAAGUAUUGUUGAAAUAUCUCAAAUGCAAAAUUUCUUUUUUAACUCUGUUUUUUACAAUAUUAAUAUUUUUAUUCUAUAAUAUACUGCUAAUAUUGAUUUGAAAGAACUGCUGCAGUCAAUAAUGUAUACAAAUGGUCUAACAUAUACAAAUUUUGAGGUAUUAAGAACUUAAAAUUAAUGUUUAUCAAAAAUGUAUUUUGUUUCUCAGAUUUACUUUGACUUUAUUAUGAACUUAUGGGAAUAUGUGAUUAUUUGAACUGUAAUUUAUUACUGACAGGUAAAUCAAUGCCCAGUUCAUUAUCUCUUGUAAGAACAAAUAUAUUAAACUUGUAUAAAGCUUUCUUACUGAAGGGUUUGCAAAUGAGUACGGUCAUAUUUUAUAUUUAUCUUUUUUAUAAUUAUAAUAAAGUUGAUCUUUAUGAAAA